AUGGUCUCAAAAAUCCAUGGGAAUGCAAACGGAUCCCACCACACCGGUGCCAUGUCACCGAUAGCGUCGGAUCAUCCUCCGACUGCGGUAUGGGCACCGCAGUCCAACGCGUCCGAUACCUCCCCUCGCCCCCCAUUAACACACCAGCAAUCCUCUUCGCUCCCAUCCACCCCAUACCAACAUGCGCGCAACAUCCCUUUCACAUCGCGGACGCCGUCCCCCGUCCAUGGAAGCACUUCCCCGCAUUCAACUCACUCCGAAGCAACCCACCUCCCCCCAGCUGCUCGGAAACCCUAUGAUGCCUGUAAAUUCGAGACAGCAAUGACGUAUUCGAGGCGACGAAUGCCCUACAGUCUAGGGACCGAUCUAUUACCGCAAGAAAAUCUUGGCCCCAAGUCUGCUUUGAAGGAAGAUGAGGCGCUCAGACUUUCAGAUGAUAUGAUGGUGUUAUUUGAUCGAUUAAUACCUUCAGCUGAGAGUGAAGUUCGACGCCAGAAGCUGGUAACAAAGCUAGAGAAUCUCUUCAACAAGGAAUGGCCUGGGAAUGAAAUCAAGGUUCACAUCUUUGGCUCGUCGGGCAAUAAACUGUGUUCAAGUGAAUCGGAUGUUGACAUUUGUAUUACCACUAACUUCAAGGAAUUGGAGCAUGUGUGCAUGUUGGCAAGAACGUUGGCUUCACAUGGGAUGGAAAAAGUUGUUUGCGUUUCGCAUGCGAAGGUUCCUAUUGUGAAAAUCUGGGAUCCCGAGCUCAAGCUGUCUUGUGACAUGAAUGUCAACAAUACACUAGCUUUGGAGAACACUCGCAUGAUUCGAACAUAUGUCGACAUCGAUGAACGAGUACGGCCGCUGGCUAUGGUGGUGAAAUACUGGACUAAAAGGCGAAUCCUCAACGAUGCAGCCCUCGGAGGAACGUUGAGUUCGUACACCUGGAUCUGUCUCAUCAUAAACUUCUUGCAAACACGAGACCCUCCGAUUCUGCCGAGCCUCCAAACUCGUCCACAUAAGAAGAAGGUCACAUCUGACGGUGUAGUCUUCUCAUUUGACGAUGAUAUGCAGGCUCUUGCUGGGUUCGGUCGCCGCAACACGCACAACGUGGGGCAGCUUCUGUUCGAAUUUUUUCGAUACUAUGCUCACGAGUUUGACUAUGAGCACAAUGUGAUCUCGGUGCGAGAGGGGGGCCUGAUCAGUAAAGAGGCAAAAGGCUGGCACUUGCAGACGAAUAAUCGACUUUGUGUUGAAGAACCAUUCAACACGAUCCGAAAUCUGGGCAACACUGCCGACGAUACUUCGUUUAAGGGACUGCACAUAGAAAUGAGGAGGGCAUACAAGUGUCUCCUUCAGGCCGACUUGACCCAAUGUUGUGAGGAAUUCGUGUUCCCACCGCAGGAGAAGGGGACUUUCGAACGACCUGCACAAAAACCCCGGCCGAUCAUCACCCAAGCUCCUCCACCGCGUCCUGGUGGUCGUGGAACGGGUCGUGGACCUCGGGGUCCAAAUCAAAACAUUCGGCCUGGAGGCUCAACAGGUUCUCGCAAGAACGCACCCGCCAAAUUUUCCGGGUUUCGGGCCGCUCCUGGCCAGCCAUCUCCCGCAACCACCUCGCCAGAAUUGGCCCUACAGGCUCAGCAGCAAGCUCAAUUCAUGCUGCAUGAUCAGCUAUAUCAGCAGAUACAGGUUCUGCAGGCACAAGAGCAGGAGUUGCGAUUGCAGCUGCAUAACCAAGCCUUGAUUACCGGAAGACCUGCACCAGUCUUCAUCCGCCAGCCGUUUAUUCAAUUUCCUGUGCCCCACCAGCAAGAAUAUUCGGGUGAUGAAAACUCACGAUCGAGAUCAGGGACUGUCGACCACUCCCCCAUCAGCUCCACCUCGUAUGCUCCUACGUAUGCCUCUGUAAGCGCCAUGCAUGGGAGCCCUCCAUCGACAAUGAUCUCUGAUUUGCGCAAUCCCCGGCGGUCUUCGGUUGCACACGGUGAACCGAAGGGGCUCCGGGCCCAUUCACAGCCUGCUCGACCUCAACAUUCUUCGUCGGCAAAUAUAUCUCCUCUGUAUUCGAUACAGACUCUGGUUGCUCCAAUUGACCCUCAUCAACAACCUGAAUCAACAGAAAUAGGAGAUUACAGUGGCAAUGACCUUUUUCUGUCAUGUAACAGUCCAAGCCCUGCUCCACAGUCGGCCUCAGUUGACGAUACCCGACCCUUGGAGUAUUACUACCCGCAGAUUUAUCACCAAGGCCCCAUAUUGCCAGAUCUUUCUAUUUCAACAUGUGCUUCCUUAGGCAGUGACCACCAGGACUGUAUAAAUGGGGAAUUUUCGUCUCAAGACUCAAUAACGCACCCGAAACGCAGUCCCACCGAGUCUCCUUCUCCCCAGGAGAUACUGCCACCCAGCCCACGCUCAAAAUUUGCGGACGUCUUUAAUCGGGGUCCGUUGAUUGUAGAUGGUUCAGUGCGACCACAACGUCGGCGGUCAUAUGCGUCUGACUUGACUGAUCAGUACGUGGCUGCGCACUAUGCAUCGACUUCUGACGAACAGAACGUCCACACCCCUGCCAGCAUGUCUGAUACAUUGUCACAGGGUUUCCAGGAACCUGCGGCUUUCGAGAUAGAUCAGUCGUCGGGAUAUGAAGCCCAGCUUCAUGAUACUGGAAAUCUCGAACUGCAUCGUAAGAUGCGAGGACAGCCGGAACUUCUCUCGAGUCAUUUGCAGCGCCUCAACAUAUCGAAUACAGAGCCCCUAUCGCAAGUACAUCAUAAUCAGUUACCGAAACAGCACCCCGCCAAAGGCAAUGGCAAUUGGAACAACGCAUCAAAUCGAGAAAGGGCCCUGUCCCAGUCGAAACGUCAAACUCCAAUCGAACAGACUGACAGCCGCCAGCAAAGCAAUCAAGCAAAGCGGCGAGGCCACGGCAUGGAUAAUGAGAAGUUCAAUGGCACUGGGCAUAAUCGACCCAAGCCUAAAGGCCGGCACGAUACCCCACUUACAAAGUCAACUCCCCAGGAUGUCGGAGCCACGAAUGGCAUCAAGGACAAUAACGGCCAAAACAACAGCCAUGGGGGUUGGCAAACGAGCAAAAAGAAACAUCGCCGGGUCAACAAGUCGACAGAUAAUACUCACCCUGGUCAGAACGGUGCCAAUGCUCGACCCGGUAACAACAGCGACAGCACCGAAUUCAUGCCCGCCGAUGAGACUCUGCGCAAAGGAGGUUAA